AUGACGCCUCGCCCAUUCAUGGUUCUUCUCGCGCUCGCAGCAGCAGCUCUGGUUUUCUUCCCGACAGGCGGCGCAAAGGACCCCAGUAACUCCCUCAAACUCCUCACCGCCCCCUUGAGCCAUCUCUUCCUUCUGCUCGUCAUCUUCCCGAGCAGAUUCCGUCCGUUGAUCUCCUCCUGAUCGAUCUUCCCCUUCAAUUGCCUGCAGAUUCUGCGGAGCUUGAAGACUACCCGCCCUUCGACCCCGUGCCGAGCUUCAAGGCCGCCGUAAAGGCCGGCCCCAUCGAGCACGGCAUCCCCCUCAUGCCUUACGUGCCGAGACCUCCACCGCCGCCGCCGCCUCCGCCGCCAGGUCGCCCUCGCCACGGCGGAGCUUCGUAG